AUGCUUAAGGUAUUCACCCGACUGGCUCUGUCGAAGCAGGUGUUAACUCAAUUCAAGAAUAAGGAAUUGCUCAAGUUCAAAGGAUAUGUGAAUGGAAAAUGGCUAGAAAGUAACGACAAAGCUACUUUCAAGGUAUACAACCCAGCCCAAAAAGAUGGCCAAUCUGACGAAAUUGCUGAAGUUUACUCUUUCUCUCCAGAAGAGUACGGUACAGCAAUUGAGGCUGCCCAGACAUCGUUCAAUUCCUUCAAGAAGACUACAGGAAGGUACCGUUCAGAUUUACUUUUGAAGUUGUACGAUUUGAUGCUCAAGUACGAAGACGACCUAGCAACUCUCAUAGUUCUUGAAAAUGGAAAGCCGUAUGCUGAUGCUCUUGGAGAGGUCCGAUAUGCUGCUUCGUUUUUCCAAUGGUUUGCCGAAGCUGCACCGCAUGUCACAGGAGAUGUAAUUCAAUCAGCCAAUGCCUCUGCUAGGAUACUUACAAUGAAACAGCCUAUUGGUGUGUGCGGAAUUCUUACACCUUGGAACUUUCCCUCUGCAAUGAUAACAAGAAAACUCGGAGCUGCAAUUGCUGUAGGAUGUACUAGUGUGAUCAAGCCAGCUUCUGAAACCCCAUUGUCUGCUUUGCUGCUUGCCUACUUAGCCCAUGAAGCCGGCUUUCCUCCAGGUGUAGUGAAUGUCUUGCCUACUCUGGAAACUUCAAUGGUAGGAAAAUAUAUCUGUGAGCAUCCUUUGAUCAAAAAGGUCUCCUUUACAGGUUCCACGAAUGUCGGUAAGCUCUUGAUGAAUCAGCUGUCGUCGACACUUAAGAAAUUGACAUUUGAGUUGGGAGGAAACGCGCCAUUUAUUGUCUUUGAAGGCAGCGACAUAGACAAGGCAGUGGAUGGCGCAAUCAAGGCUAAGUUCAGAUCCAGUGGACAAACCUGCGUUUGUGCCAAUCGUAUCUACGUCCACGAAUCGAUAUAUGACGAUUUCGCAGCCAAAUUUGUAGAAAAGGUUCAGCAAGAAACCAUUCUUGGCAAUGGCUUGGAUGAAAAUGUAACUCAUGGUCCCGUUAUCCACGACAGAUCUCUUGCCAAAGUCGAGCACCACGUAACAGAUGCAUUGGAUAAAGGUGCAAAGCUUCUUCUUGGAGGGAAAGCCCGCCCUGACAUAGGUGACUACUUUCACGAGUUAACUAUCUUGGGAGAUGUCACUGAAGAUAUGGCCAUUGCUUCUGAAGAGACAUUUGGACCAGUCGCUCCAUUGUUCAAGUUUAAGACAGAACAGGAAGUUCUUGAACGUGCAAAUAGUGCCGAUGUAGGAUUAGCAGGCUACUUCUACUCACCAGACAUAAGCCAAGUCUUCAGAGUCGCAGAAGAACUUGAAGUGGGAAUGAUUGGUGUCAACACUGGUUCAAUUUCAGAGGCAGCCUUGCCAUUUGGAGGUGUUAAGGAGUCCGGUUUCGGUAGAGAAGGUUCCAAAUACGGCUUGAGCGACUACUUAGUCGUCAAGAGUGUAGUUGUAGGAGUUUGA